AUGGAAGACCAAGCCGAUUCUGCCAUGGUUUCUAAAGGCUUGGUUUUGAUGCUUGUAUCUGAUUCCAAGACGGUGGGCGUAAAGAGAAGUAUGGAUGAAUUGGAAGAAAGAAAUGAUGUUUCCCCUAAAGGAACAAAAAUGAGAGAUUUUGAUUCUGUCAUACGCUUCGAGGAAAUCAAUGGCCCCAAUUCGAAAUCUAUGAAACGAAAAGAUUCUAGUCAGCAAUGGCAGUUUAGUGGAGCAGCGGUAUCUCAAGUUACUGGGGUUCCAGUAACCUUCAAUUUUGAUGCCUCCCAAGUCGAAAGAAUUGAAGGGGUAAAAAUAUCUCCAAUGGCCCAUCCUAUCUGUCUGCCUCUUGAUCUUAACUCUAACAUUCGAAUCAACGAAUCAUGUGAUAACAAUUCGGAAUGUGAAGAAAAGUUUGACGGACCGUGUUCACAAGAGAGUAAAUGUCUACCCUCGAAAGGCAUUGAUUUGGAUCUGAAUGUGAAAGAUGUUUCUAGCUCGAUAAACCAUGAAUCAAUUCGUCACAGGCAUAUCAAGAAUAUGAAGCCAAAGGAUGUUUCAGAGUGUGGAAGUUCUAUCGGUCCAGCCGAGGAGAAAGACUCGCUAAGAGUUUGGAAAGAGAUGAAGCAAAAUGGUUUUCUUUCGUCUCCUCAUGGGGGUAUGUCAAUGCAAAAUGGUUUACUGUCAUCAUCUCAUGGGGGAAUACCAGUGCCUAAGCAACGUGGGAGGAAAAGUAAGAAUGAUGUGCUCAAGAAGAUGGAGCUUGCAAAGAAAGAACAGGCAGACAGGUUCACAAAAAUCGGGGCCCCAAGUGGAUUGCUCAAUGGAUUAAACCCUGGAAUUAUAAAUCAUGUUAGAAAUCGAAAACAGGUCCAUUCCAUAAUAGAGGCCUUAGUGAAGUCUGAAAAACUUGAAAAUUUGCAUUCUGAAAGCAAGCAGGCAAGUCAUGUCAAAUGUGGAACCAGAGAUGAUGAUGGUAAGGGAGACCAUGGAAAUAUGGAUGGAUCAGGAUUUCAUCAUCUCCGACGUUACCAUGAAGAUGGGCCUCCAAAUACUACUACUAUGACGACGGCGAAUAAUAAGAAAGCAAUAAGUUAUCCGGUGUCAAUGCAUCAGCCAUUUUCUUCAAUUUCAGAGGAAAGAAGUGGAGAUGGUGAUUCAGGCAUUGUAAAACCAGUCAGUGAUGAUGAUGCACUGGCAUUGAAGUUAUCAUCAUCAACUAAAGUAUCUGAGAACAUUGGCUCUUUGUCUAAUGUGGAAUCAACGAACUUUACUAGUGACUCUUCUCUUUCUGUAAAAGCUGCCACUGUUGCAUCACAAUGGUUGGAACUUCUUCAGCAAGACAUUAAAGGACGUCUUUCAGCAUUGCGACGUAGCAAGAAGAAAGUACGAGCUGUAAUUACCACAGAAUUACCUUUUUUAAUAUCAAAAGAAUUCUCCUCUAACAAAGGGGGCGAUCCUAAUAUUGUAAUAGCUUCUACUGAUGGGCUUCCACAUGAUGCUACUGCCGAGAUGCAUCUAGCCAGAUGGAGUGCACUGUUUGAUCAGAUGGAUAAAGCUCUUUCUGAAGAAGAGAAGCAGCUUGAAAUCUGGUCGAAUCAAAUAAAAGGUAUGCAACUACAUUGUGAUCAGGGUUUGCAACAUAUGCAUUGGAAUUUGCUUUAUGGUUUACCACAACUAGGAGCAUCAGAAAAUAAUAUCAGAUCAGGAAUUGGGGAUAGCUUUGACAGGGAAUUGGCUGUUAGGGCAGCCGCUGCUUCCAUUUAUUCGACUUGUGAUUUUAUGUCGUCAAAGGAGGAUGUAUCAUGCUCAAUAAUCUGAUUAACUUUGGCUCAUACUUCAGAUUUGUCUUUCUUACUGUUAUCUAUAAUCUAUCCUACAAACAUCAAUGUUCAUUAUGCAAACUAGUUAUUAGAUUGACUUUGGCCUCUUUGGGUUGUGAAUUAAUUCUAACACUAGAAGCCUAGAACUGGGGCCCUUCCCCCCCCCCCCCCAUUUAUAUUGUUAGCCUUUAGGCUUUAUGAGCA